ACAACAAACACUCAGCGUCUCUAUCCCAUUCCCUUUGUAGCAGCCGCUUUGUGUAUUUGUGACACGAGACGAUGCAGAGACAGUCUUUAGGCUCACCAGCUUCCAAGCUCCACCCAAAGGAAGACACCGUCGUCACUGACGACGAUGCUCCCAAGCCUCACCGUCUCUCCUCUCCCCCUUCUCCUCCUCACAAGUUCAUCCACCUCAUUCCACUCCUCACUCUCCUCUGCUUCUUCAUCCUCUACCUCUCCUCUCACACUCCCUCUCCAUCAGACUUGAAUCAUUUCACUCCAUUCAACCGUUUGCCAAUCCAUCAUUUAGAUUCCGCGGCGAAGAUUGGUGUCGACAUAGGGCAUUACAUGGAUGUAAAAAGAGGCGAUGUUUUGGCGAUCCGAAGCCUCCGUAGUUUGCAGCAAAUACCGAAAUCUCGGCUUCACAGGAAACUCGCCGAUUUUUAAGCCUACACUCAAUUCACUCCCACGUGAUCCUUCCCUCUGUUCUCUCUCUCUAUAUAUAUAUUCUUGUUCCUGCUGUAUAUUUGAAUUGCUUUUCUUUUCGCUCAGGAAAAAUAAAAUGAAAAUUAAUUUAAUCCUCUUGGAUCUUAGCAUAUGUUAUUUUGCCUGUUAAUUUGUUAUCAUUUUACUACUAUUUGUAUUACCAAUUCUCUGUCCGCGGAAGCAAAAGAAAGGGAGAGGGGAAGUGGAGUGAGGGUUUGUGGUACGGCGUAGGAUAGCAGUGGGUGCGCCGGGUGUUGGAAUACAGCUGGACUUUGGGACCGUUACUGC